AUGGAAUUAUCUCCCGUUCCUAUGACAUCAAAUCCAGGUUGGAAAGCUAUGAAUGCUUUUUUAGAAGUAGAUAAUGUGGGAAAGGUCCAGAAUGGCUCUGAAGCUGCAGCAGAUUUGCAAAGAAGUCAAACGAUCAAUCAACAGAUGAUGGACAACAUCUUCAUGAGAAGUUUCACUUCAAAGCCCAAGAAUCCAGCUUCAGAUAACGUGGUACAAGCUACUCCAUCCCAAGGAAAUGAAAUUAAUGAUGUAAUUAAUUCACUUAGCUAUCGACUUGGAUACCAUAUUGUUAAGGAAACUGGCUAUAUACACUGGUGUAGAACCGUGUGA